AUGGCGGACCAGGAUCCCAACACCUUAUUUGGCCUCGACGACGCGAACCUAGGCGUCCCCCCGUCGUUCCUAGACGAUUCCGACCGCCAGAACGUCAAAUCCGACCGAACUGGAUCCAACAUCGCCAGCGAUAACCAGGCCUACUACGACGCAAACAAUUGGUCCUUUCAAGACACCCCCCCGUACGAUUCCUACAACAUCGCUGCCGUCACCACCGUCGCUGGCACCACUCCUCUAUUCCAAACUGCCGCUCCGUGGGACUUCUCUCCGAACCAGCACCAGCAACAUCAGCACGGCCUUCCGACCGUCACGUCCGGCCUUGAUCAGUCGACCCUCGCCCAGGCUGGCUUCUAUGCCGCUCCCACUCCCGCCCCCAACAACCAGCAAUCCCACCGAGGAGGCCAACACCACACCCUCCCGCAAGAGACUCUGAGCCUCCUGACUCCCGCCCAGCAGGAAAAGCUCAGAAACAUCGCCAUGCCCGCCCAUCUUCAGUAUCAAUCUCCCAAGAGCGAGCCGAGCCCCGGAUCCGCCACCAGCGACCACAAGGCAGCAGGACUGUCGUCUCCCGAUGCCCACGACUCCAGCAAGGCCAGCAGGAAGCGCAAGUCUUCGGCCGAAGUCGAUGACGAUGAGGAGGAGGAUGAAGAUGGUCAGCCCAUCAAGAAGACAGCUCAUAACAUGAUUGAGAAGAGGUAUCGCACCAACCUAAACGACAAGAUUGCCGCCCUUCGAGAUAGCGUCCCCAGUCUGAGGAUCAUGUCCAAGAGUGCCAGGGGAGAAGACACGACUGAGGACCGCGAGGAACUUCACGGCUUGACGCCGGCCCACAAGCUCAACAAGGCUACAGUUUUGAGCAAGGCCACCGAGUACAUACGCCAUUUGGAGAAAAGGAAUAACCGCCUCUGCGAUGAGAACCACGCUAUGCAGGCUAGAAUAGCUGCCUUUGAGAAGCUCUUCAUGGCCGGUGCGAUGAAUGGCGCAAUGAGCCCCCUCCAGCAACCGCCGACUCCAAUGCAGUACCCCCAGGACCAGUACAUGAGCACUCCCAUCGGAACGCCACGCGGCGAGUCAGCCCAAGGUAUGAUUCCCGUGCCCGACGACAUGAAGCGCAUUAUCUCUGCUCAAAUGGCGGCUGGUCAACCGUACCCUAUGCCACAGCAAGGAUACCGCGGAAAUCCCACUGCCAUGCGACACCAACAAAUCCAACAGCAGCAGCAGCAGCAGAUGCAGCAACAGGGACGCUGGGGCAACAGCAGUCAAUAUUUCGGCAAGUUGAUGGUUGGCUCGCUGGCCGGCCUGAUGAUCGUCGAGGCCGUGCGAGAGAGCGAGCAGAGCAACGAGUCGCCCGAAGGGCGUGGUCUCUUUGCCAUGCCUAUCCAACUGCUCAGUUAUCUCGGAUCGACUUCUCACAUGCACAUUGGCGGUUACUAUAUCUCUCCAGCUCAGAUCAUCUCUCAUCUGAAAAUUUUGUUUUUCCUUGGCACUUGCUUGUGGGUCUUUGUGCCCUCGCUCUUUGUACCAUCUGAGAAGAAACCCAAGAAGGCGCAGCGUCUUCGAGAGUCGCUGCAGGCCGCUGGGUCCGUCGCAUCCCCGAUUCAUGUUCGUCGCCAGGCUUGGUUGACGGCUAUUCAGACCGUCUGGGUUCCUCAGCACAACUUCUUCCUUGAAGCCGCAGCUCUGAUCAUGAAGACGAUGAAGCUGAGCAUGCGCAAUGCUAUUGGUGUCCACGGCUACCAAAUGCUCACUGGUCUCACCGAAGAGCAAGAGGCUGCGCGUGUCAAGGCUUGGUCGAUCGCGUUGGACGCUCAGCUCGCCGGAGGCGAUGUUGAGAUCAACAAGAGCCGUCUGACCCUUACUCUCUUGGCAUCAGGCACCCUUCCCGAUACUCCCUCCCGACUGAUGCUCAAGGCUCUUCAUGUUCGUGUACUUCUUUGGGACCUCGGUGCCAAGGGACUUCACAACAUUGUUGCCAAGAAGGUCGCCCGCUCUUUGUGGAAUGAGGCGAGGAACCAGAACCGCGUGCUCACGCAGUUGCGCCGUAACUCUGAGCAGGUUGACGACGAUCUUCCCGAGCACCUAGCUGCCCUCAUUGAGCAGGAAUGCGACGAAGUCCUCAACAACAGUGUGGUCCAACGAGCUUACAACUUGGCGUGGAACUUGUCAACCACCGAGGGAGUCACUGAGCACAACGACGGGAUGGACACGGUUGUCGACGACCAAGCGGUACGGUCGCCCCUAGAUGCUGUUGCCGCCUGGUGGUCCAGCCAAACCAUUCAGCGCGCCCUGAUCACCAGUCUCGAGGCAAGCAAGGACGACGGUGAUGCCCCGAGAGUAGUGUCGACCUGCUUGGCCACCGCGCUCAAGACUUCUCCUAUUGGCUCCGUGGUGCAGGCGCGUGCUCUGGUGGCCCGCGCCGUGCUCGUUGACGAGAAGCGAGGAGCCAACAUUGCCGCUGCUCUUCAGAACAUCAAACCGACUAGCGAACAAAAGUCUCUCAGUCAGAUCGCCGCCAUCAUCGACUUGUCGUCUAUCGCCCAAUCGCCUGAUGUACAGAUGGCGCUCGACUGUGCCAUGGCGAUUGCCCAUCUCCAGCGCGCAAAGUUGUCGGCUGCUCCGUCCCAAAGGGGUUUCGGAAUCAUCGAGAAGAUUGCACGUCCCAGCGCCACCGCCCACAUGUCACUCCUCGGAUGCACCGCUCUCUUCAAGCUCAUGGAGGAGCUGUACGCACACCAAUCGUCCUCCGAAAGCUUCAACACCUCUCUCGAGCGCGUCGCCGGCAGUCUACGUAUUUGGAUUGGCAGUGCCCCUGGCGAAAAGUGUGGUCUCGAGCAGGAUGUCCGUCACAAGAUGGUAGACCGCUGUCUCAGUAUCACCAAGAGCGUCGUCGGCAUGGAGACUGACACGGGGUACGGCAGUAUGAGCGAGUGUGAUGAAGACGGCUGCUGA